AGAGCCUCUGGAGAAUUGGUACAGAAAUAUAAUACACAAUAGCCUUUCAAAGCGCUUCGGCACAGACAUCUUUGAAUUUCCCUCAAAAGCAUCACGCAUGCGCUCAAAUAUGUGUCAGGGUCGUGUCGUGACUCAAGGUCAUCGCUGUUUCUACAGCAACCCGACUCCAUACUUGACAUUUCGUAUCCCAAUAUCGGGUCCGACACUCGUGUUUGUGGAAAAAAUUGUGUUUUCCGUGCCAAAAUGGACCUGGCGCCACCGUUUACCGUUCAAGCUGCAUGCAGCGUGCAACCUCUAGAAGACUACGACGGCCCGCGGGCUCCGUUACUCCGGCAAGUUUCCCUGGACGAGGAACGUCGUGAUGACUGCCAGGGGCACUGGCGAGGGUCUCAUCUCCUUGGCGAGGAAGAGGAGAAAGGCAUCAGGCUGUUCCGGGCGCUGUUGCUGCAGCAUCUGAGGCUGGAGGAGCUGAGGCCGCCGCCGUGUAUUGUUGCUAGUGCUAGACCGGAUCCAAGAGGCUGGUGGAUGUACUGGCGCGACUGGCGAGCGCUCGAGCGAGCAAUCAAGAGGUUCAGGAACACGAAGGCCAGAGGUCGGCUGGCUGAAAGGGCUGAAGAUAUCCCCCUUCUCUGUCUCGACGAGGUAGCCUUUGAGGAUAUCAUGCAGGAAUUGUGUCAGGCCUGUGCCCACGUGGAGCAGCGAGCGCUGGUGGUGCUGGCGUUCCUCUGCGAGGUGUGCGCGCGCGCCGUGCGGGUGGGGGGCUGGUGCCGCGCCACCGACUGGGCCGCCACACACGUGGCGCAGUACGCCACGCCCUGGGCCAUCAGGCAUGGCGGAUGGAGUAACGUGGUAGAAAAAGCCGGAGGCUACCGUCGUGAAGACAGCACACUUCUAGCUGGUGCAGCGGUAGCAGCACUUCUAGCGUUUCUCCUCUUCUGCCGCACACGUCUGCGACACUCCAUCCUCUAAAUAUCGCCACACGCACACUUGGAUGUCGCUUACCGCAUUGGCGGAGAUUGUCAAUCAAAGCAAUCGUAAGAUUCUAUUGGCUAACGCCUACUUACAGCGAUUGGAGCUCGUUCAAAUUUCAAAUUUCGAAGAUAUAACGAUUUUGAAUGGCAACGAGUUCAACAGUCGAGUAUUACUAUUAAGCCUGUAUUUCGGAGCUUUAGAAGGUGUGGUACAUACUGAGUGCGAUGUAAUACCUAAUGUAAACAGUUGUAAAUCAUCAAAUGAUAUGGAAUUUAAACUUGUGAUGACAGUAGAUAGAUCGAGAGUUUAACCAUCUGAAGGCAGAUAAUUGUGGACUUAGUAAAGUUUUGUACGUAAUUAACUACCUAUGUAUAUUAAGAAAAAAUGAGCCAAAGGUGUAUGACAAUUAUUCUAUGAUGGAUGUCGUUUAGAUAUAGAAUUUGAGACCUAAUCGUAUUCCUAAUAAUACUUCGCAUUUUGCUUAGAUUUCGGCUUACCUCAUAUUUUAAUUAUGUUGGCGUUUUGAUCAUUUCAAACUGAAAUUUCACAUUAAACUGUAUUAACACUUAAAUUCAUAUCUACACUAAAAUAAUCAAUUUACACUGAAUACCUAAUUUUCUGACAAUAAUUAAGCUUAAUUUGGCAUGUCUCUGUACCCGGUUGUCAUGUCAAAUAGGUAUCGGUCAAUCAAUUAUAUAUAUACACACACCACGUAACAACACCACGUAACAUACCACGUGUCCCAAAAUUCAACGAUAAGCCGGCACCAGAUGUACCUGCUCAGUACUGCUAGAGGAAAAAUAAAAUAAAAUAUAUAUCUCAAUUUAUUAUGGAAUUACAAAAAAAAAAACGACACCCCUAGUGGUAUUUUCAACAACCAUAUCUACAAUUUUUCAAUUUUGUUUUUUACAAUUUUUUUUAUUAUUUUUUCUCGAGUAGUCAUGAGCAGGGCAAGCGCUGAUGGCCUAGCGGUGAGAGCAUGCGACUUGCAAUCUGGAGGUUCAAACCCGGCUCGUGCCAAUGAGUUUUUCGGAACUUAUGUACGAAAUAUCAUUGAUAUUUACCAGUCGCUUUUCGGUGAAGGAAAACAUCGUGAGGAAACCGGACUAAUCCCAAUAAGGCCUAGUUUACCUUCUGGGUUGGAAGGUCAGAUGGCAGUCGCUUUCGUAAAAACUAGUGCCUACGUCAAAUCAUGGGAUUAGUUGUCAAGCGGACCCCAGGCUCUCAUGAGCCGUGGCGAAAUGCCGGGAUAUCGCGAGGAAGAAGUCAUGAGCAGGUCCAUCUUCUGGUGCCAGCUUAUCGUUGAAUUUUGGGACACCUUGUAAAUCUAAGACAUUUAUUUAAUUGUAAGUACUUUUGUUUUUAACAAUUUUUAGGACUCUUUUCUACUCUUGUUGUUAUUAUUACCUACCUACGUAAAUUAGAGAUAGAGAAUUUGCAAAAUAAUUUCAAUAACCUAUUUUUACACAUGACUUGGCAAAUUAAUGUAAGGAGCCUUUACAAAUUUUUCAUAAAGGUACCUAAGGUCUAAAAUAUAGAUAUGUAUUAACAUUUGUAUUAACUGUCUUCAAUAUCGUUUUUGCAAUAACAUAGAAAAAUUUAGGUAUAGUGAAGAUCUGAAAACAUUUAGAACUACAGAAUCCGACUUAUAGCUUUAACUUUUAAAACAGUUGUUUUCUGUUACCAUUAUAUUUCUUAUUUAUAUUAUAUGUGCUGUCUAAAAAAAGCCUUCGCAAUAAUUUAAAUUCAUUCAUCAAUUUAAAAAUUCAGUAUUUUAUUUAUUGGUGAAUUUUAAGCAGAACUACUUUAACUAUAUAAAAGCAAACUUACAACUUUGAUUAAUAUAUUUGUAUUUUUUUUCUGGCAACGAUAAUAUAUCUGUAAAAAUUAAAAGUUAACAAUGAAUUUAUGGGGUAAUUAAUGUUUCCGAUUUUUGAUAUUUUACUGACAGUAAUAAAUGUAAUAAUGUAGUUUUUUAAUCACUUUUUUAACAAUUAAAAAUUCAAUCGCUUUUUCAUCUCACGAAACUGUCCAGAAUCUAAGUGAUGUUAAUUAUGAAUAAGAUUUAAAUAAACAAUAAAUUAGUAUUUUGUUGUUAAUUGA